CAAACUGCUUUCAUGUGAAGGAGAUCAGAACUUCUGUCGCCGCAGGACACCACUAGCCACACCGGCGGUGCGGGAAAUAUAUCAAUACUAUCGCACCCACUGCUGUCGCUGGAUCACACUUGCAAAGCACACGUCCUUCUCCCUGCUUCGUCUCUCUCCACACCUGCUCUCUGUAAAGUCGAGUCUGUAGACGUGACCAUGAUGCAGUCUGGGGUUAUGCUGGCCGUGAUGGCCACAUGCAGCUCAGCGUUUGUACUUCCGCAGGCCCCGCUCAACAGACUGCCGACAGCAGCCUCGUCGGCAACGAGAGCGGCGUCCUCAUUAAGGAUGGCCGACGAGCCGCUUGGAGUGGGAGUCAUCGGCUGCGGCAGGAUCGGAGAUAUCCAUGCCAAGACCCUGGCCUUCCGAACCCCCGGCGCUAAGCUGGUGGCAGUGUCGGACAUUUUCGAGGAGGCUGGCGCUCGUGUCGUCGAGGGGUGCAACGGCCUACCCAAGUUCUACAAGGACUGGAAGGAGAUGGUGCACGACCCCGAGGUGGGGGCCAUCGUGGUGGGAUCGCCAACACCGUUCCAUGCCGAGCAGAUCAUCGAGGCGGCCAAGCUCGGCAAGCACAUCUUCUGCGAGAAGCCGAUCUCUUUCGACGUGCCGACGAUCGACGUGGCCCUUAAGGCCGUAGCGGACAACGACGUGAAGCUGCUCCUCGGCUUCCAGAGGCGGUUCGACUCCAACUUCCGUACCAUCCGCGAGAAGAUCAGCGAGGGCAUCAUCGGAGACGUGCGCACCAUCCACAUCACUAGCCGCGACCCCGCGCCGCCCCCGGUGGCCUACCUGCAGAACAGUGGCGGCAUCUUCAUGGACAUGACCAGCCACGACUUCGACAUGGCCCGCUUCCUGGUUGGUGACGAGAUCGACGAGGUCUUCGUUACCGCUACCGCCUUUGACCCGGAGGCUAAGGAGGCCGACGACUUCGACACCGCAAACACCCACCUCAAGUUCAAGAACGGGGCCUUCGGCGUGAUCGAGAACUCGAGGCGCUGCUCCUUCGGGUACGACCAGCGUGUCGAAGUCUUUGGCGCCGGCGGGUCUAUCUCAGGCGCCAACCGCUCCCCGCAGAAUGUUUUGGUCAACAGCGAGGACGGCCUCAACGCUGGUGUGCCAUACAGCUUCUUCCUGGACAGGUAUGCUGAUUCGUACAUUAACAUCAUGUCCGCCUUCGUGAAGUACGUCAAGACCGGAGACGAGUCCCUCGAGCCGGCCCUCGGCAUCGACGGCAAGGUCACCAUCUUCAUCGGAAUGGCCGCAGCACGAAGUGCAAAGGAGGGCCGCCCUGUGAAGAUCUCAGAGAUCGCGGCUGAGUUCGGCUGCUAACCCCACCUUCCUUGGUCGAGACGUAUAUCAAUGCCACCGUACCCAUACAAGUGUUCGGAGGUCGGGAGAAGGAACGUUCUUCGGAAAUCUGGAGGGGCGGACAGGGUGUGUGGCUUGCAGUAGAAAUGUGGAAGGCCCUGUUGGCCAACCUCGCUGUCUGUGUUAGUGUUGUGCGGUAUUAUAUCCUUCUGUUUGACGGAUGGCGGAGAGAAAAAAACGUAUUGGUGGUGCUUCCUCCUGGGUGGCCAACCUUUUCCCCGGCUGGUGCGUGCAGAAAGUGUGUACCAAAAGGUGUUCAGACAGACGUCCAGAAUCGAUUGGAUGAGAGUUGCCAUUUUUGAGAAGAUGGGGAUGGUCGGGCUAUUUUUUUCAGGGUGGCAAAGGCGGGCGCAACCGAAACAGGCGUUGGUGCCGACGGCAGCGGGUUGUCGCUUGGAAGCAGCAACCGGAUACGCGGGUCGGUUCAAACGUCGCUCUUUCGGUGUGUUCCUCAUGUAUGUAGCAACACCAGUCUGUAGAGUCGAGGCACACCAUAACCAGGUCAACAACAACGUGUUGCAGGGCCAGCGUUACAUCGAUACCGGCCAACGAUUUGCAUUUCUCAUGAUGGGCGAGAGCCGCCUCUUGCUUUCAGUACCCGUAUCAACCACGAUCUCGUUUGGUCGUACCCUCGCUCCGAGCGGUAAGCGCGGAGAGCAAUUUGCCCUGGACGUUGUUCUGCAGGAUAAUGGCCUGUGUUCAGUAUAAAAGGCUCAGUUUGAUGCCGGGGGUGACUGGAGUAUCGCCUACAUUAAAUGCUGUCCUUUACCGGAAAACGGGUGCUCCUUGUUGAGGUGGGAUCUCGUGGAGAAACGAGGAAGGAAAUUGGUCGAAUUCAAAAGCUGUAGACUGGCCAAAUUCAGCGGCAAAUGGGCCAAUUCAGCAGCAAAUGGAGUAGCUGUUUGGGCAUGUCGGAGGGCUUGGAAAAUGGCCAUGGGAAGGUUCAGGGAGCUCGCGGCUUGCGCACACCAGUUUUUUCGCACGCUGGUGUCGAGGUGUGCAUCUCUUUUUCUUUUAGCCACGUACUCUAUCCGUGUAAGUCUUAUCUUGUAGUCGAAAUCGUGUGUUCGUUCGUGCCUUGCGCUCGAGAGCAUAUAUGGUAGGUUGGGAAAAUAUCGAAGUCCCACUAUGUUGUCUGUCUCUUCGUGGUUGCAUUCUUUCUGAUGCAAAGGUGACCGCACUGGGUCUUGCACCUGAGAUACUUUGAGUGCAAAGUCCGCUGAGAAUGAGGUUAAUGAGCUCGCUGAACCGGUGGCGAUUGCUGAAGCACGGCUUCACUGCACGUUCACAUGGUGCUUGCUUAAUAUAAAGUCACUGUCGCUACGUUUAUCGAGGCUCCAGAUGCGGUGGUUGAUGGCCGUUAUUGCACCUGCUGCACGUGUGACGAGUCAAAAACGCAUGCCAGAGCGAGGCUAGAGGCCGACGACAUCCACAAGUUCCAAUGGCGUGAGUUCAUCGUCCAUAGACAUACUCUACCCUCGCAACCGUCCCAGAAG